CAGUGCGGCGCGGAGAGCUCGCCCUGCUCCCCGCCCUGCUCCGCCCCGCCCGCCCGGCUGACCAGGUCGCGGAUCACCGCCCCGGGACGCCGCGGCCCCCGCUGCCCGGCCGCCCGCCCGCCGGGGCUCUCAUGGGCCUGGCGGCGCCGGCGCCAUGGCCGCCUUGUACCAGAGUGCGGACCCGUCCGCCUCGGCCUCGCCCAACAAGCUGCUGGCGCUGAAGGACGUGCGGCAGGUGAAGGAGGAGACCACGCUGGACGAGAAGCUCUUCCUCCUGGCCUGCGACAAAGGUGACUAUUACAUGGUUAAGAAACUCUUAGAGGAAAACAGCUCGGGUGAAAUGAACAUAAAUUGUGUAGAUGUGCUUGGAAGAAAUGCUGUUACCAUAACCAUUGAAAAUGAAAACUUGGACAUACUACAACUUCUUUUGGAUUAUGGCUGCCAGUCAUCAGAUGCACUUUUGGUGGCUAUUGAUUCGGAAGUGGUGGGAGCUGUUGACAUUCUACUUAAUCACCGACCAAAAAGAUCCUCCAGACCAACUAUUGUAAAACUAAUGGAACGCAUUCAGAAUCCAGAGUACUCAACAACCAUGGAUGUUGCACCUGUCAUUUUAGCUGCUCAUCGUAACAACUAUGAAAUUCUCACUAUGCUGUUAAAACAAGAUAUAUCAUUACCCAAACCUCAUGCUGUAGGCUGUGAAUGCACGCUCUGUACUGCAAAGAACAAAAAAGAUAGUCUGCGACAUUCCAGGUUUCGUCUUGACAUCUAUCGAUGUUUGGCCAGUCCUGCAUUGAUAAUGUUGACAGAGGAGGAUCCAAUCCUGCGAGCUUUUGAACUUAGUGCAGACUUGAAAGAGUUAAGUCUUGUUGAGGUUGAAUUCAGAAAUGAUUAUGAGGAACUAGCCCAGCAGUGCAAAACCUUUGCUAAAGACUUGCUUGCACAGGCACGGAAUUCACGGGAGCUGGAAGUUAUUCUAAAUCACACAUCUAGCGAUGAACAUGUAGACAAGCGAGGACUGUUGGAAGAGAGGAUGAAUUUAAGUCGCUUAAAACUUGCAAUCAAGUAUAAUCAGAAAGAGUUUGUUGCUCAGUCUAACUGCCAGCAGUUUCUUAACACUGUGUGGUUUGGACAGAUGGCAGGCUACCGGCGCAAGCACACGUGCAAGAAGAUUUUGACUGUUUUGGCUGUUGGCAUUUUCUGGCCAGUUCUGUCCCUGUGUUACUUGUUAGCCCCUAAGUCUCGAGUGGGUCGAAUAAUUCACACUCCUUUUAUGAAGUUUAUUAUUCAUGGGGCUUCAUAUUUCACGUUUUUGCUAUUACUUAAUUUGUACUCCUUGGUCUACAAUGAGAAUAAGAAGAAUACAAUGGGGCCAGCCCUUGAAAGAAUAGACUAUCUUCUGAUAAUAUGGCUAAUUGGAAUGGUGUGGUCAGAUGUUAAAAGACUCUGGUAUGAUGGUCUAGAAGACUUCUUAGAAGAGUCUCGUAAUCAGCUUAGUUUUGUCAUGAAUUCCCUGUAUUUGGCAACCUUUGCUCUCAAAGUAGUUGCCCAUAACAAGUUCCAUGAUUAUGCUGAAAGGAAGGACUGGGACGCAUUCCAUCCUACCCUAGUGGCAGAAGGUCUUUUUGCUUUUGCUAAUGUUCUUAGUUAUCUGCGUCUCUUCUUCAUGUAUACAACAAGCUCUAUUCUGGGACCACUCCAGUGUGGCUCUGCCUGCAGCUGCCAAUCCUUUUUGGAGCCGUGUCCCUGGCAAACCAAGCAGAGUUGGAGGAAAUCUGCCGUGCAGGAGAGCUGGAUCUCAAUGGGACAGAUGCUACAGGAUUUUGGAAAAUUUCUGGGCAUGUUUCUUCUUGUUUUGUUCUCAUUCACAAUUGGACUGACACAACUUUAUGAUAAAGGAUUUACUGUAAAUGAAGAAAAGGACUGUGCAGGAAUUUUCUGUGAGCAACAGAGCAACGACACGUUCCAUUCGUUUAUUGGCACAUGUUUUGCUCUCUUCUGGUAUAUAUUCUCCCUGGCACAUGUAGCAAUCUUUGUCACACGCUUUAGCUAUGGCGAAGAGUUGCAGUCUUUUGUGGGUGCUGUUAUUGUUGGUACCUACAAUGUGGUGGUUGUGAUAGUAUUAACUAAACUCCUUGUGGCAAUGCUUCAUAAAAGUUUUCAGCUGAUUGCAAAUCAUGAAGAUAAGGAGUGGAAGUUUGCUCGUGCCAAGCUUUGGCUUAGUUACUUUGAUGACAAAUGCACACUACCACCACCUUUCAAUGUCAUCCCCUCUCCCAAGACUAUUUGCUAUCUUUUUAACAGCCUCAGUAAAUGGAUCUGCUCUCAUACAUCAAGUGGCAAAGUGAAACGUCAGAAUAGCCUAAAGGAAUGGAGAAAUCUGAAGCAAAAGAGAGAUGAGAAUUAUCAAAAGGUGAUGUGUUGCUUAGUCCACCGUUAUUUGACUUCCAUGAGACAGAAGAUGCAAAGUACCGAUCAGGCGACCGUGGAAAACCUAAAUGAACUGCGGCAAGACUUAUCAAAGUUCCGAAAUGAAAUGAGAGACCUACUUGGCUUUCGAACUUCUAAAUAUGCUAUGUUUUACCCAAGAAAUUAAGGCCUAACUUUUCAAAUCAAAGGUGUCCACUUGUUGAUACCUAUAGUUGAAAGUAUUGGCCUAAUUCUGUUGCCAGACCAAAUAGAAAAGUCUCCUAUUAUUGCACAAUAUCGAACUUGAAAAUGCAUUUGCAUGAACUGCAGCUAGAUGCAGAAGUGGUGGAAAUAGAUUCAAAACCAGUAAUAGUAGUUUUCUUAAAGCUCUUAAUUUUAUUGUGUAUAUAAAAUUUGUAUAUAGGAAUCUUUUUGAUGUUCCUCAAACUGGCUGUCAGGUGUCAGAGCUUCGUAACUAGCACAAUAUGAUUAUUUCUUCUAUUUUUGCUGUUUAUUCCUUUUUGAUACUCGUUUUUCAAGUUGUAGGAGAAGAAGCUUUUUAAACAAAAAUCCAAACUACAUUUAUUUUUAAUAGAAAAGUUGGGUAGAAUAGAAUAACAGAAGAUUUCCAAAAAAGUUGGAAAUUACGUUUGACUGUAGGUUACAGAGCACUUGAAGACUGUAUUGCUCUGAAAGAGGCAGUUCUAGUGCCAAGUUUUGUAUAUUACGUUGACUGUAUGCUAGCAUUUAUAGCAUAUAGAAAAUCAAAUCAUGAAGACUCUUCCCAUUCAUGGGAAAGUUGAAAUCAUUUCUAGAAUAUUCAUGGUUAACAUACAAGACAAUCAAUUCUUAACUGCUUGGAUUUUUCAAUGGUGCCUCAGAAGUAUGUUCUGCUGUGUGGGUUAAGAUUGGGAACAGGAUUUUGAAACUAACCUGUGAACUUUCAAUGUGUUCAGUAUCUUUUCAGUUUUUUUAAUCUGGAUGAUAAAUAGGUAUUAUUUGACUUAAAUUAAAACCUAUGACUUAACAAAAAUGAGGUAGAGUGUGUGAGUGCUAUUGUUUGCAAUGCUAAACAAUUCCUCUCUGAAAUACUUUACACUUCUUCCUGCGAGAACAUAUAUUGUGUCUGAUUAUUGGACAGAUGUAGCUUUAGGGCCUGCUAUAGCCAGAUUUUACAUGUCAGAUUUUUAAACUUUUCUUUUUUUUUUUCUUUUAACAUUAAUUGUUGAUAAGUUUAACUUUUUUUGUUUUAAUCAGGACUAUUGUGAAAACACGUGAUUUAACUUUGCUUCCAAUGGACAGUAAGGGCUUUGUGGAUUUUCUGUGCUAGAGGGUCCUAUAUAGCUUUAUAUGCUUAUAUAUAUAUAGUUCAAGUUGACAAAUUGUACUUGAGAAAUGUGAUAUUCCUGUAUUUUUACUUACAAGAUAAAUAUAUUUAUGAGAGUUAAAGGAUUGAUUGAUGGUUUUACUGCGAAGGUGGUGUUCUUCUAAAAGGGUCUUAUGUCCAGAAGGCGCAGGUAGCCAUAAUGGUCUUUGACUACAGUAGAUCUGGGGAGUUUGAUAGAGAGCUUAAAUGAAUGUUCACUUUUUUGAAGGAAUUCUUACAAAACUUUCUUGUAAAGUUAAUAUAUUUUCUGUACUAUGAAAUUAUGCAUAUCUGAGCUAGGGUUUGCUAUUAUGCUUCCAGAAGUCGUCUAGUGUAGAGGCAUUCUGAACAGUCUGUUGGGCUUUCAUGUGAAUAAGACGCUAACCUCUUGUGUUCAAAACAGAGGAUCAUUGAUUUUUUUUGUAUUUGAAGGGGGAUCUCAUGUUUGAAUGCUACACCAACAUAAAAACUGUGUGCUGUAUAUGUUAUGUAUUCCCAAGAAAGGAAGCAAACAAAUAAAAGCUCUUUGAAAAUUA